AGCCACACACACACACACACAAACACCAAUAGACAGCUGAAGACAGAUGGAUGAUCUUGAUGAAACUAUUCUGGCAGCUGUAUAAAUGAGGCAGGGAGAAGACACCCUGCCCGAUUGUCUUUUUUCCUCUACAAACAUGCAUCCAUCUUUUUUUUUUUUUUUUUUUACAAUGUGUCAUUCCUGUUCGCCUCUCCCUUCUCCUUUCCUCUCCCUGCCGCUGAUCUUUUCUCCUGCGGUCCCCCCUCAUUUAGCAGGUCCAGCUUGUGUGUGCACUGCUGCUUUACCACCAGCCGUUACCCGCUGCCUCCCCCCUCCUCUCCGGCACGCAGGGAGAAAGAUGGAGAGGAGGGGAUGGGGAUGGGGAUGGGAGGGAUGAGCAAUAAAGAGCAGGGACCUUGCACAGUCUGAGAGGAGCAGCAGCAGAAACAGAGAGAGAGAGAGAGAGAAAAUAAAGGAGGUAUAGGGAAAGAUGAGAAGCAGUAUCCUUCUGAAAUGUAUGGAUUGCCUAUUGGAACAUGGAGGGGCAUGUAGAGGGAGGGACAUUGGAGAUUCCUAUCGGUGUGUUUGUGAGAGCAGGAGAGAGAAACGCAGAGUGUGAGAGAGAAGAACUGUGCAUGUGUGAGGGUGUGAUUAUGUGUGCGUGCGUCUGAUGUGGACUCAUUGAACCUGUGCGACGGUGUCUCUAUCAGAAGGCUUCAGAGGCAGUCGAGGAGCUGGUUGAGCAGUGACUCGCCUCAGCGCCUCCUCUAUGCCGGCGCUGUGUUGUCAUGCUUAACGCCUGAUGCGCUCAGAGGACACAGGCUGCCCAGGAGACAGCGAGAGGGGCGUGAUGGCCAGACGCGCCCUGACUCGGUCGUGCAUCUCCAGAUAUCCGCCCAGGCUUCUGUUGGCUUCUCUGAUCCCCUUCAGCCCUCAUCAAUGUCCUUCCUGUGCGUCUCCGUGAGGCUGCCUGCCUUCCUGCCACCGCGCUCUCUGAAUGGAUGCUGCUGUCAACACACAUGUGUGGCUUGCAAUGAGAGCCCAUGAUCUGGACUGGACUGCAUACAGCUCUGGGUGUACUGUGCCAUGAUGCUUUAGCGUGACACUAAUGCAUUUUUAAAGAGUUUUACCUUUUUCCUGUUAUAGCUGCUGUUCAUCACAUUCUUGAUGACGUAUGAUGCGGGACAGUUGUUAUUCUGAAUUGAAUCAAGAUUUUUGCUCUGAGUGAAGAGGAUUGACUGAGCAACAUAUAAGAUGGGGGUGCUGCACAUAAAAAUAAGGUCAAGUAAAUAAUUACCAUCAGGAAUGAGGCAUUAGACACCAUAAUGAAGAUUUAUUUGCCUCAGUGGCUGCAUACAUAUGCAGUGGAUAGAUUUUAAUUGGGUGUUUUCUAGGAACAAAAGAGCUGAUUGGACUGCACUGACAGAGUGCUGAAGGUUGUCAGGAAGAGCGGAUUUCUUUUCUGUUUCCCAGAGAAAUGAAAAUUGCAGUCAGAGAAGAAAUCCGUGACUGAAAUUAAAAUCCGAAACAAAGAAAUAGGGAUUUGGGGGAUGGAUGAAACCAACAGCCCCUCUGCUGUUGUAUCUUCCAAGGAGAAACUUAAUCUCCCUCCAUGUGAGUGUUUUGUCACAGUCGUGCUGUCAGAUUCUUUCACAUCCCAACACGCUGGCAAACUGUCAGUCGUUCAUGUUGCUCUGUCUGGUUUCAUUCAUCUACUGUGUGUCCACUGAAGCCUGACCACAUGAGCGGAGGCGGCGCCCUGCAGCAACGCACCACCUACCUCAUCUCCCUCACCCUGGUCAAGGUAGAGGCUGUGGAGGAGAAUGGAGGGGAGGCCAAGAACAGCACCCAGGGGAAGAAGGAAGAGGCCGGGGCGAGAGUGGAGGCGGAAGGUAAAGCUCCUGCACAGGCUGAGAAUGGAGCUGGAGUGGUUUUAGAACAACCACAAAGGGCUGAGGAUGCUGCUAUUGUGAAAGGGAACAAGUUAACUGAUGAACUCAGAGAUGGAGAGAGAAAACCCCUCUGCACUCUGAAAGAUAAACCACCCUCCACUGUUGAUGUCCUGAGUAAAGAGAAUGAAAAGCCGCCGUGCAACCUCUCAAUCCCCUUACCUGCUGAGAGAGUGACAAUUCAGAAGUCUGCAGAGAUUGACCUAACACCAGUCGAGAAGACGCUUUCCACCCCAGAGGCAAAGCAAUGCAGGUCCCCAUCACUGACCACAACACCACCAACAGAGGUGGUCGAGCCCAGCCACACCCCAACCAGGACCAGCCUCCCCAUCCGUCCGGUGGGACAGCGGCCUGUGAGUCUGCUGAAGUCUCACAGCAGUGUGGCCACCCGCGGUCGCGAGUCCAGGGAUGGUAGAGAGCGCAGCCCUACCUCAGCACAAAGCCUGGAUCGGAAGGACUGCCGCAUGCCGACGCGCUCACCAGGCCCCUGCAGGGCCUCAUGGGCCGAGGCGAGCAGACCUGAAGGAUGGAGGGACCUGCGGGAUGAAGCUCAAGCUGGAAUACCUCUAGAGAUUGGAGGUGGCAUGGCUGCAGUGAUGAGAGACAUCCCCAGGAAGGAGAGACUAAAGACAGGUUCGGCCUCCCUACCUGCGCCUGCUACCCAGGCCCCCAAACCGGGACGCAAAGGUAAAAGCCGCACGCUGGAUAACAGUGACCUGAACAGCCUCUCUGAAGACCUGGGGCUGGCCAGGGAGGCCCAGCAGGCACAGCAGGGCCAACGAGGCUCCGCUAAAGACAGGAAGAUGCUCAAGUUCAUCAGUGGCAUUUUCACAAAGAGCAGUUCAGGGGCAGCGGGGUCAUCCUCCACAGCGCCUCCUGUCUACAUACAGAGGGACUCCAGUGAGGAGGAAGUAAAUAUUGCCAACAGCCAGGAGUGGACCCUGAGCAGAUCCAUCCCAGAGCUGAGACUGGGCAUUCUGGGAAGUCUAAAAAGUGGCAAGUCAGCGCUGGUGAACAAAUACAUCACAGGCAGUUAUGUUGCACUUGAGAAGCCUGAUGGUGGUAGGUAUAAAAAGGAAGUGCUGGUGGACGGACAGAGUCAUUUAUUACUGAUCCGGGAGGAAGCUGGACCACCAGAUGCACAGUUCAGCAGCUGGGUUGACGCAGUGAUCAUGGUCUUCAGUCUGGAGAACGAGGCCAGCUUCCAGGAGCUCUACCAGCUCUACAGCCAGCUGAGUGCACAUCGCACAGACAUCCCAGUCAUAGUGGUCGGGACCCAAGAUAAAAUCAGCAGCACCAACCCCCGUGUGAUUGAGGAUCAGAGAGCCAGACAGCUGUGUAUUGAUGUGCGUCACUCGCUGUUUUACGAGACCUGCGCCACCUACGGGUUCAACGUUGACCGAGUGUUUUCAGAGGCUGCCCAGAAGAUUGUAGCUCAGAAGAAGCAGGCGGCGCUGCAGGCCUGCAAGUCUCUCCCUAACUCUCCCAGUCACUCUGGAGGCUCCACACCUGGAUCAGCAUCGCUCCCUGGCCAGGCCAGUAAUGGCCCGAGUAGUGGCUACGCCUACUCCCUCCCCUCCACCCCUGUGGUCAGUCACAGAGAUCUGCGGGUUGCACAGGGAGAGGGGGGAGGCAGUGUCAACUCACGUUCCCUGAAGAGCAUCCCCAGACGGCCCUCCCUCUUCAAGAACCGGGACUCAGAUAAGAAGGCUGGUGAUGGUAAAGGAGACCUGAGCGGCGUGCGGGGCGUUCCCAUCAAACAGAGCAUCCUGUGGAAGAGAAGUGGUAGCUCUCUGAAUAAGGAGUGGAAGAAGAAAUACGUCACCCUGUCCAACAAUGGCACGCUGUCUUACCACUCCAGCUCCAGUGACUACACACAGAAUAUCCAUGGAAAGGAAAUCGACCUGCUGCGUGUGACAGUUAAAGUUCCUGGGAAACGUCCUCCGAGAGCCGUCGCUCCUGCGGGCCCCUCACCUGUCCCCCCCGGCUCUGUACCUGGUGUUAACGGGCUGAAUAAGGAGCAGACAGCCGCUGAUAGCACCAGUACAGUUCCACAGUUGUGUCCUCCCACCCUCUCUGUGGUCGAUGACCGGUCUGGUGGUUUGUCACCUCAAGGAGGAGACAGAGGACUUCAACGCUGCUCGUCCUCAUUGUCCACCAAAGCACAAAGUGUUGAUGCUCUUGAAGGGGCAGCCAGUCCUUUCGCUGGAAAAGACCCCAGCCAAUCGUCUCCCAUGAGCGACAGGAAGAAGAACAGGAGGAAGAAGAGUAUGAAUCAGAAAGGGGAUGCAGCCGUUGGGCAGGCUGAAGCCAAACGCAAAAUGUGGAAAUUAAAGAGCUUUGGUAGCUUGAGAAACAUUAAUAAGACAGAUGAAGAGAAUACAGACUUUAUCAUAGUGUCGUUUACCGGGCAGACGUGGCACUUUGAGGCUCACAGCCUGGAGGACAGGGACUCGUGGGUGUCGGCUAUAGAGAGCCAGAUCCUGGCCAGCCUGCAGUCCUGUGAGAGCGGCAGAAACAAGGCUCGGAGGAGCAGCCAGAGCGAGGCUGUAGCGCUGCAGGCCAUCCGCAACGCCAAGGGCAACAAUCUGUGUGUGGACUGUGAAGCACCAAAUCCCACCUGGGCCAGUCUCAACCUGGGUGCGCUGAUCUGCAUCGAGUGCUCUGGGAUCCAUCGAAACCUGGGUACUCACCUGUCUCGUGUUCGCUCGCUGGACCUGGACGACUGGCCCGGAGAGCUCACGCAAGUCCUGGCUGCCAUCGGAAACCACAUGGCCAACAGCAUCUGGGAGAGCUGCACCCAGGGCAGAACCAAACCCACACCUACGGCAACACGUGAGGAGAGGGAGUCGUGGAUUCGUGCUAAGUACGAACAACGGGCGUUUGUGGCGGCUCUUCAGCCGGCCUCGGGGCCCCAGCUUGUAGAGGACAGUAUGCCGGUGUGGCUGCUGACUGCGGUGACUGAGAGAGAUCUGCCCAGACUGCUGGUCCUUCUGGCCCACAGCACCAAGGAACAGAUCAACGCUCAAAUGGCCGGGUCCACUUCACUGCCUCGCACGGCCCUGCACGCUGCUUGUCAGCUGGGGGAUGUAGUCAUGACCCAGCUGCUUGUCUGGUACGGAAUCGAUGUGAAAGCGAAAGAUAACCAAGGCCAGACGGCCAUGAGGAUGGCCAGAAAAACAGGAAGCAAAGGCUGCAUUGAUAUUUUGCUCCAACACGGCUGUCCCAACGAGACGUCCCCCCCCACUGCCACACCCGUCCUCUCCCGCCGGUCCAGCACUGCCAGCCUGGGCCGAACCAGCUCCAGGAAGCGAGUGUCAUAGCGUGAACUGAAGAUGCUACCACACAGGAGCUGCAUGGUGACGACCGGAGGAUGCUUAUUGGCUAGAAACCUUUUAAAACAUGGAUACAGCUGACUUUGGAGAGACUAUAAGAAAAAUGACAGAACUAUAUCAUAGUGCUAAGGAUUUUAAAAAAUAUGUUUCUGAAGACUGAACAACAUAUCAAACAACUUAAAAGCAAUACUCAUUCAAUUUGUUGAUGACAGAUAUAUUGCUGAAAUACUGUGUUGUUGUUGACCUCAUUUUAAAAUGACUCAAGUAGAACUUUGUAGCUGUCUUCUGUAAUUUUAGAGCAGACAGUCGAACUGCUUCUGUUUCACUUCCUCCAGAAGAAGUGCAAUAAUCCAGCUAUGACGAUGAAAAGCAACAAGUUUUAGAGCAAGCUGUGCUGGGUGACAGGAUGGUCACUGUUGUGAGAGAAUCAAUACAUGGAGAGGGUGCUGCUUUUAUUCAAAUUUAUUGUGACUGGACCAAAACAGCGACUAUUUUCUUUAGGCUUUACAAACAAAACCUACAAUAUGUCAUGUUGUUAGUUAUGUGUGCCUGUCGCAGCAGUAUAAAGGACAGUUUGGCCAAUAUAAACUGUUUUUCAGUGACAAAUCAGCUGAGAUAAUUCUGCUUAGACUAGAAAAAUAAAUAGUUUGGAAUAUGAAAUAUGUCAGUGUUACUCUCACAGGUCAAAGAUAUGGCGUUUUAAUAUACCGUAUAUGUAACUAUACUACAUACUUAAUGUUAAACUCUGUAACGAAGACACAACUGAAAAAUCAAAGACUCAAUUUUGUAAAUGAUUUCUACUGGUAGUUUUGAAAAUAUGUCAAGUUUGUUUUUUCAUUGUCUCUUAUAAUUUCUUAUUCUCCAACACGUCAUGAAAGCAUAAACCAGUAAACAAAUGCUUUUACAUAUGUAAACAUGUGGCUAUUUGUUAAAAGUUUUAUUUGGGAUGGCCAGGCGACUGCAUAAAGACUAUGACAUUAUUCAUAUUACUGUUGUGUAGGUCCCAUGAGUUUACAGUGAGGUAUGAAGAGUUGCAGGUGUCCUUGUUACUUCUGACACUUUGUGGGUCGUGUGAAUCCCUCAUGAGCUAAAAGAAAUGGUUACCGGAAUAAAAUAAACUUUUUUUAAUUAGCAUUA